CCACGCCACGCCACGCUACGCCACACUGGCCCGGGCUAAUUGAUCUGUUGCUGGCCGCCCGGUCCGUCUCCAUCUUGCUGGUAGCGUGGGGUCCGAACCUCCUUCUUCUAGUAACGCCCAAAGCCGCGGCGCUUCUUAACCUCUUCUAGUUCGCUGUCGCGGGUCAAGGUACGCGAUGCCCUGCGUGGCAACCGACGGGCUGGGUUCGAAUGUCGCAGCUGUCAGAGCAACAAGAGCGGCUGCCGCCAGGGCCGAGGUAUGGGCUUCCGUCCAACUCUAUCAAAUGUCUUGAGCAGGCCGACAGCGACUGGGACAACUGGGACGAACUCGCAAACAAGUGUGUGGAUGGCAAAGCUGCCCACGUUUCCUCGGAGAAGUGCAGGAAACGCAAGGGCGCAUCAUCGUCGUCCAAGAGCCGCAAGAACUAUAUUAGAUGGUCUGAUUCUGAUGAUGGCUCUGGCAACUCGGUUCUUGACUCGGAUGGUGAUGAGGAAAACAACCCCGACAACGAGAAUCAAUGGCCUAUAACUAAGAGCAGGCGCCAGCGUUCCAUCUCUUGAGCCUUGGCAUUUCUUGGGCCUUGGCAUCCUCCUUCACGAACCGAGCUCGACGCAAACAAGUCACGGACCCUCCCAUCUGGCAGAUGUCUCGGACGAAUCAGCCAACAAUGCGGUCUAGAAGGAUUCAAAGAGCGUCUCGUUGGCUUGGGAACGCAUUGUUCGCGAGGGGAUCCCAUUCAAGAUGAUGACACACUUGCCUGGUAUGAGAGACUAGGUAGCCGAGUUGGCCGUUUUUUCCAUCCGUAUUUGGCGGGUCAAUCAAUGAAC